AUGGGCGCUUUACUUGCUGUUCCAGCUUUCGCUUCAUCUUUAGCGUGUUGUUUUGGAAGUGCAGCAUGUUCGCUAUGUUGUACUGCAUGUCCGACAACACGAAGCUCAUUGACGACACGUAUUAUGUAUGCUGGAAUGCUUCUCAUCGGCACAUUUGUCGCGUGUUUGAUGCUUGCACCUGGAAUACAAGCAAAACUGGCUGAAUCAAGUUGGUUCUGUCAAGGUUUAUCGGGUAUUGCGGGAAUAAAUUGUAAUCGCGCAACUGGUUUUCAAGCGGUUUACAGAUUAUGUGCUGCUAUGGCUACAUUUUUCUUCAUUUUUAUGGUCUUGAUGUUUGGUGUUAAAUCAUCGAGUGACACUCGUUCGAAAAUUCAAAACGGUUUUUGGUUUUUCAAGUAUAUAAUUUUGAUUGGUAUUGCUGUUGGAUUUUUUUAUAUUCGCUCGGAGCAUUUGUCAGAACCACUAUUAUGGAUUGGCUUGCUCGGUGGUUUCAUUUUUAUAUUACUGCAGUUAAUACUCAUCGUUGAUUUUUCGCACUCACUGGCCGAAAAUUGGAUUAGAAAAUAUGAAGAAAAUGAGAGUCGUGCUUGUUACUGUGGGCUUUUGACGUUUAUUGCUAUAUGCUAUGGAUUAAGCAUUACAGCUAUCAUUUUAAUGUUCAAAUUCUAUACAACUGGUGGCGCAUGUCAUUUACCGAAAUUUUUUAUAUCCUUCAAUGUUAUUCUUUGUUUCUUGGCAUCAAUAUUCUCUAUUCUUGGACGGAUCCAGGAGCAUAUGCCACGUUCUGGCCUACUUCAGUCAUCAUUUAUUACUCUCUAUACGAUGUAUAUUACAUGGUCGGCACUAAUCAAUAAUCCGGAUAAAAAAUGCAAUCCAUCACUCAUUAGUAUAUUCACAAAUCGAACCAGUCCUCAUGGCGAAGAUGUCUAUGGAACUCCAUUACCAGCCGAAUCGCUUGUGUCACUUUUGAUUUGGUUCAUAUGCAUUUUAUACGCUUCAUUUCGAACAUCAUCCAGCUUUAAUAAAAUCGCGGGUGGAAUAUCUCAUGGAGAAAUGGAAUCGUCGCUUAAUGAUAAUGCAGAAUCGCAAGGUCGAACUUGGGAUGAUGAAAGAGAAGCUGUUUCCUACAGUUAUUCAUUCUUUCACUUCGUCUUUGGCCUCGCAUCACUCUACGUGAUGAUGACACUCACCAGUUGGUACAAACCUGACAGUGAUUUACGACAUUUGAACAGUAAUAUGGCUGCUGUCUGGGUAAAAAUCGUUUCUUCGUGGCUUUGCUUAGCUUUAUACACAUGGACUCUGGCAGCACCAGCCUUAUUUCCUGAUCGGGAUUUUUCGUAA